AUGAAUUCAACAGAUGCCCAUCUCCGCCGACACAAGUGGUGGCUGAGAAACCUAAGCGUUGUGGACGAGUCCCUGAACGAGACGAAAGGCGUCUCUGGUCCAUGUGAGCAGGUCACGGUGGCGGUCGAGAUCUUUCUGACGCUGGGCACCGUGAGUUUACUGGAGAACACCCUAGUCAUCACCGCCAUCGUCAAGAACAAGAACCUACACUCGCCCAUGUACCUCUUCAUCUGCAGUCUGGCCGUGGCCGACCUGUUGGUCAGCGCGUCCAAUGCCUGGGAGACGGUGGUGAUCGCUUUGCUGAACGGUCGGCAUCUGGUGGUGGAGGAAAGCAUGGUCAAGCAAGUGGACAAUGUGCUUGACGCCAUGAUCUGCAUCUCGGUGGUGGCAUCCAUGUGCAGUCUGUCUGCCAUCGCUGUGGACCGGUAUGUGACCAUUUUCUACGCCCUGCGUUACCACCACAUCAUGACGGUGAAGCGGGCGGCCAUCGCCAUCGCAGGCAUCUGGACCUUCUGUACCAGCUGCGGCAUCGUCUUCAUCCUCUACUCGGAGACCAUGGCCGUGGUGGUCUGCCUGGUUGCCAUGUUCUUCAUCAUGCUGCUUCUCAUGGCUUCCCUGUACAUCCACAUGUUCUUACUGGCUCGCUCUCACGUCAAGCGCAUUGCCGCUCUGCCCGGCUACAACUCCAUCCACCAGAAAGCCAGCAUGAAAGGCGCCGUCACUUUGACCAUCUUGCUGGGUAUCUUCGUGGUGUGUUGGGCUCCCUUCUUCCUCCACCUCAUCCUCAUGAUCUCCUGUCCAGUCAACAUGUACUGUGUCUGCUUCAUGUCACACUUCAACCUGUACCUGAUCCUCAUCAUGUGCAACUCCAUCAUCGACCCCCUAAUCUACGCCUUCCGCAGCCAGGAAAUGAGGACCACCUUCAAGGAAAUCAUCUGCUGCCUUACCUUCAGGUCAGCUUGCAGACUUUCUGGCAAAUAAUAAU